AUGGUGAUGGUGGUGUUGACGGUGAUGGCGAUUAAAACGGUUGUGAUUGUGGCUGAUGAUGGUGGUGAUGGUGGUGGUUUUGGUGGUGGUGAUGGUAUUGGUGACGUCGAUGAUGGUUAUGGUGGUGGUGAUGAUUGUGGUCGCUUUGAUUGUAGCGGUGGUGGUUAUUGUGGUUGUGAUGGUGGCUGUGGUAAUAAUGGUUAUGGUGGUGGUGAUGGUGAUUGCGAUGGAAGUGGUGAUGAUGGUGGUGAUGGUGGUGGUGGUCGUAAUGGAAGAUGUUUGGUGACGGUGGUGGUGCUGUGA